AUGGCACCUCGAAUAAGACGUCGUAUCACUACCGCAAAGCGGGAAGAAAUUGAAAAACAACAAAAAGCGUUAUCACAAGCAAUUGUGAGACCGUUUGAGGUUCUCUCUGGUUUGCCAGUAUCUUAUAAUCCACCUCCGAAUGGUCAUUAUGAGAAUGUCUUAAAGAAUCCACUUACAACAAAAGAUACAGGUGUUCUUUAUAGAUCACUUAUGAAGUCUAGGUUAAAUUAUAUGAAUAUUGGACCUAUGUUUAAAUUAUACUGGUUGAAGCAAAGUUCAUAUGCAAAAAAAAUGCAACAAUUGGAUCAAGAAAAGAAUACUUACAAGGCGCAUAAAGAUGAUAAAUCAUCAGAAAGGGUUCCUAUAUUGGGAAAUGAUGUAAGCGCAAGGGAUGUAAUGGUUAAGCUUUGCGAUGCAUCUCUUAGUUUUGGGCCUCAUAAAUUUGAGAUACGGUUAUUCAUUGCCAAAGACGAAAGGUCCGAAAAAAACGGCAAGAAGAAAGACGAAGAAGACAAAGUGAAGAAAGAGCCAAACAGUAAAGAAGAAUUGGAUGGGAAAGAAAGUGCGAUUAGCACGAACAAAACAGCCGAUUCAAUUAAUGAAAAUGCUAAUAUUAAGGAGAAGUCUGUGGAAUCUAACUUAUCAAAGUCCACUGAAGAACAGAAAUAUCAAUCGCAAGAAACUCCCAUCAAUGAAGAAAGUUUAAAAGAAGAGAAUUCAAAUGAGCCCAAGGAUAAUAUCCCUACAAGUGUACAAUCUGCGCAAUCUAUAACCAAUGAGACCCAGAAAGUACCAAAUGAAACUAGUGACUCAAACCUGGAACGAAAAACUAAUUCUACAGACAGCCCUCAAAAGGAUCAAGAUAAACAAAAGACAAAACCAACCCCAAAUGAAAAGUCGGAAACUAUGAGUUCCAAAGAAGGUGAAAAUGAUUUCAAGAAGAAAGUGACUUCUAAGGUUAAUUCAAAGGAAAUAGAUAAAAAAGAAGAUCAAAAUGAAAAUAGUCAGAAUAUCUCAAAUAUCCAUGAAGGUGACUCCAAGACGCUGAAGAAUUCGACUACAACUUCCAAUGUUGAGAACAUAAAUACGUCCAGCAAUCCACAAACAGCAACGCUGGUACAGCAACCAUCUACUGGAAAUUCUUCAACCAUGAAUCAGUCCUCAGUUUCGACCCCUCAAAACCCGUCACCUACACCUCCAGAUGCCCCAAGUACUAAGACAGAUCCAAAUAGCAUGCAAUCCAUAGAGAAUACAAUAAUGAUUGCAAAUUUGAAUACAAUAGCUAGGGUGGACCAAUCAUUAAACGCUUUGAUGAAGAUAGUUGCUCUGGGAAAUGCGUCUCCUCAGCAGAUAAUUACUUUUCAGGGCUAUAUACAAAGGGCAAGGGAAAUGGGGCCACAGCCACAUCAUGCAUAUCUAUUCCCAAACGGUAUACUUCCGAACCAAAGACCUAGAAAAUUGCAAAAAGACAAAAAACCUCCAAAAGAAAAGAAACCUCCAAAACCAAAGGUACCAAAAGACCAAAAGUUAACAGCAUUCCAAGAAAAGUAUAUAACUGAUGCAACUCUAUUAUUUGAAUUUGUAGAAAAUGCAAAUGUGAGAUAUAUGCUCCCCCAAGAAGCAAUAUGUGAAGUACUACCACCUGCAACUUUCGAUGCCGAGGAGCCUGAUAAUAAAGACAUUUUAGUAAGCUUUUUAUGGAUUCAUAAUCAAAACGAAGUUGACAAUUACAAUCAAAAAUUGAGUGAAUAUAAUGAGUUCAAGAAAAAAGAAGAAGAAGAAUUGAAUAAAGAUAAAUUGAAGAAAGAGGAAGAUUUGAAAAGAUUGAAUCAAAAUGAAGAAGGGGAGAAUAAUGAAACGCAGAAAAAUGAAAAUCAGCAAGCUGAGAAUGAGCAGAAACCGGAACAUGCACUGGAAAACGAAGAAAGCCGCUCUAGUGAACAAAAACUAGGUAAUGAAGAUAAAACAAAAGAAGUAGAUUCAGAGAAUCAAAAGAAUGAUGAGGAACUGGUAUCUAAACCAAGUAGAAGACCUCCUCCUAGAAAAGGUCGCAGAAGAAGGGGUGGACCUGUGCCUAAUAAGAAGGUGGCACCCAAGAAAAUUGAAUGUCCGGUUGAACCAGAAAUUAAGUAUACUGCCCUUUCAUUUACUAUUCAUGGAAUACCCUCAAGGUAUGUUCCAAUUAUAGUUAAUAGUUUUAAAAAACUCGAGGAAGUACAGGAGCGUAUGUCUUAUAUAUUGAAAAAUGGUACUAGAACUACCAGUUUUUAUUUAUGGUAUCAAGUUGAUGGUAAACUAGACGAAUCUAUUGCAGAAGAUGUACGCGUACAACUAAACCAAGAAGAGAAAAAAAUGCAAGGUGUUACAAGUACUCAAAGUUCUACUUCUAAUUCUACCGCAAAGAAGAGAAAACAAAAAGAAAAGGGAACCGAACCAAAAUCAAAGAAGAAUAAAACUGACCCUACAGUUUCAAUUACAGCUCCAGUCUCAACUGCAGCUCCAAUUCUAGAUUCAACACAAGUCCCAGUUCCCGUUUCUGCUCCUACUCCAACACAAGCUCAAAAUCAGAAUGGCUGA